AUGGCCAUCACAAAACAGCCACGACCAACAAAAUCUCCAACGAAGCAUAAACCUGCAUGCUCAGCUCUGACAUAUUCUUCCAAAAAAUGCAAAAAUGCAGCGAGUGCCUGCCCGGCGAGUAAGGAAGUUCCGGUCUGCUGGGCUCAUAAGAAGCUCGGAGAGGUGGUGACUUGCUGCCAGGCACCUGUUGGAAAGAAUCGCAAAUGCAUGAAGAAGAUCCCCUGGACCGAGAUACAGCUUUGUUUCGACCACCAGAAUACCGUUUUACCUUGUCACAUAUUACGUCUGCCGAUCGAACUCCGCCAACAUAUCUUCUCGUUCGUCCUUGCUGAAUAUAAGAGGAAGUACGAAAUCUAUUCUGCGCAUCACACCUUUUUGACCAUAGCACGCUUGAAUCGACAGCUUUUCAAAGAGACAAGCGACCUUCUCUACCGAAAACUCCUGUGCCGAUUCUAUUUCUGGGCCGGGGAUAUAUAUAUCAUGGAAAAACGGUGUCCGUCUGCUGACCCCGGUUCCUGGCAGAAGAGCAAAAGGAUUCUAGUUGAAUUCGAUGUCGAUGAUGUUCGUGAGCCGAUACUGAACUACCUCGGGGUAAUUGCAGACCGUCUCCAGGGCUCAACCCUCCACAAACUUCAUUUUCAUGUCCACUCGGACGGGUUCCGGUACAGCGCCCCUCGACGGAUAGAAGCUAUUUUCAAAGCCAUGUCGUUGUACUUGGAGCCGUUCCGCCAAGUGAAGAGUGUGAGGGAACCCAUUUUCACGUUCAGCGUUGAGGUACCACGUCAGGCCGAAUUGAUGGCCAGGUCAUCGUCGGAUACGCCAGCUGCGUUGGGUGCAAUAAAGGAGUGGAACAAAUAUCUGCAGGAGCUGUUUGGGAACUGGAAAAGAGCGUGUAAGGAAGAUGCUGCUUCUUCAAUCAAUAAUUAG